GAACCGCGUCUUGGGGAAUGCAGAAUUUUGUUACUAAACGAGAGAUGGAAGUCCUUGGACCGUGGUGUAACACAUGACGGUAUGCAUGGUCAGCCUCAAAGAAGAAAAGAGAGACAUUCCGUCACGUCGGACCUGGGGAUGAUCUGAGCGACAUAUAUGAACUUCUUGUGCGUCCAGCUACCUCGGUCUAUCAAGUACAACCAUCUUGAAGUACUCAAUACCUCGAAGAUGGCUCCCAUAGGGAGUUUUUGGACCGGCGUCACCUCUCUGUUUGGUCUUCUUACCAACUCCCCAGGCUGGUUUUUCGAUUCCACCGGCACUAAUGACCCCGGACUUCAGGUUCCAAUACAGCCCCCAGUAAGACCGGAAGCAGCGAAACAUCCCAUCUUCCACCCUCCGGACGAUCUUGAAGGUGCCCCCUUCCGUUGUGACUAUCCUGACUACCCAGAGUCACAAGGCUGGGUGGCAUGCAACACUCGGAACGACAGGCAGUGCUGGAUCAAAAACACAAAGACCGGUCAACGUUUCGACAUCCACACCGACUACGAGAACAAUGGUCCCAAGGGGAUCGAAAGACAUUACUAUCUGGAGCUGGAGGAGACCCUCAGCGACCCGGACGGCUUCGGUUCACUUCCCGCGCAGCUGUUCAACGGCAGCUUCCCCGGACCUCGACUCCAGGCCUGCUGGGGUGACAAGCUCAUAAUCACCGUCAAGAACAAGUUGACCGGUGAGCAGCCAUACGGAGCGCCCGGCAAUGGCACCUCUGUACAUUGGCACGGCGUCAGACAAUUAAACACUGGCCACAUGGACGGCGUCAACGCCGUCACUCAGUGCCCGAUUGCCCCUGGCCAGGAAUUUACCUAUGUCUUCAAUGCCACACAAUAUGGCACCACAUGGUAUCACAGCCAUUAUUCUCUUCAGUACGCCGCUGGAGCGAUGGGUCCAUUGACCAUCUACGGUCCGGCGUCAAGGGACUUUGAUCAUCAGUUGUAUCCCAUCAUCAUGAGUGACUGGUUACAUCAAAGUCCAUAUCAAAAGUGGGACGUAUCUAUCAAGGACAAUGGUAGCCAGGUAUUCGUUGAUAACAUCUUGCAAAACGGUAUUGGUCAUUGGCCACCUCUCAAGCUCGACUCCCAAGAGGAUUCCCAAACAGUUGGCAAGCCAAAAUUCAAUCAAGUGAUGUUUCAAAAGGGAGUGAGGUAUUUGAUGAGAUUAAUCAACGGUGCUGCUGACACCACAUUUGUCUUUUCAAUCGACAACCAUAAAUUCUGGGUAAUUUCGACCGACUUUGUCGCCAUUGAACCAUAUUAUACCGAUCAUGUUGUGGUUGGAAUUGGACAACGAUAUAACAUCAUAGUCGAGGCUAUCCCUGAUCGAUUUACCGCCGACCAAAGCUAUUGGAUCCGUACCAGUCCGGCGCCAAACUGUACCUCAUUCAGUCCCUCUGCCCCAAUACCCGACGAGCAUACCGGUAUUGUCCGAUACACUUUCGACGACGACAGAUUACCCACCACGCCGAGAAACAAGUUUACCUUGACUUGUGCGGACGAGACGUAUUACCGUAACAUCUCACCGGUCGUGCCAUGGCAAGUUGGUACUUCAAGACAUGAAAUGGACCCUUUUUACCUCACCUACCAUCAAUUGAAACAGUCACCUUACUACCCUUGUGACAAACAAGUCGGGAGGUUCGAAUUGGUGUCCGGUCAUCCCAUGUGGUUGAACUUCAGCGGUCCUACGCUACUAAACCUGCACGAGGACUUCAGCGAGAAGCCGUGGCUCGCCGUCGUCGAGACCGGCGAAGUGCCCGAAGAUCAAUGGAUUCAACUGACCGUCAUUUCCGGGGCGAGGAAAAAGUCCGCCCCUUUACUCCCUCACCCGGUGCCAAAGGUCCCCGGAGUUUUUGUACCUGGAGAACACCCGAUUCACCUCCACGGUCACGACUUCGCCAUCUUGGAUCAAUGCGUGCCGGAUGGUCACACCGAGUGCGACGUGAGCAAGGCCAACUUGACCCUGGACAACCCUCCCAGGCGGGACGUGGCUUUCCUACCCGACAAGGGGUACCUCAUCGUCGCGUUCAAGGCGGACAAUCCGGGUGUCUGGAUCAUGCAUUGUCACAUCGCCUUCCACGCCUCUUCCGGUCUGGCCGCCCAGAUCGUCGAGAACCCGGACAAGAUCAAUUUCCCCCUGGGUUGGGACGAACCCUUUUUCGACAUGUGUAGACGGUGGGACGACUGGAGACCCAAAAUCCACGACCCUUCGGACCCUUGCAUGAAGAACCAUCCCGACCUGGCUCCGCUGCAGGUCGAUUCGGGCAUUUAGCCCUGUAACCCCAUAGCCUAGGGGUUGCCAGCCAGGUCGGAGUAUCGGGAAUCGACACAAACCUCAUACGAGGUAAAAGAGGAGAUGUGCGCGACUUCGUCCUUGUAGUAACUUGGGACAAUGAUAAAGGAAUGCGAGAUAACCUGGGCGGACAGUCAUGUGAGAUGAUAUUACAGUAUGCAAUAUGUAAUGAUGAAGAAGACAAAGAGAGGAACAGUGAUGCUACUAUGGGACAUGUAGACACAUCACAAGAAUACAACUCUCGACCUGCCAGAACUAUGGUCCGUAAACACGAGGACACAAUAAGUGUAAAUGUCGAAGAACGGUUUCAGGGUUAGGGAAUUAAUCAGUUUCGCAAAGGGAGAUUUACCACCAUACCAAGC